AUGGGCGAUAUUGGAGCUACGACUAAUGCUACCGCUGAGGCUAAUGGCUACGAAGUGCCACAGCGGAAGAAGCAGAUCCUGCUGAAUGCUUUCGAUAUGUCAACCGUGGGGCAUUUAUCGCCUGGUCAGUGGAAAAAUCCCAAUGACAAAUCCGCGACGAAGCGCAAGCUUGAUUACUGGAUUGAAUUGGCUCAGCUUCUCGAACGUGGUGGUAUCAAUGCCCUGUUCCUUGCUGAUACGUACGGCGGCUAUGAUACCUACCAAGGAAAGCUGGAUGAGUGUAUUCGACGAGCAGCCCAGUGGCCUGUUACGGAUCCUACCAUUCCCAUUUCCGCCAUGGCAGCCGUGACCAAGAACCUGGCAUUCGGUAUCACGUCGUCGACAUCGUUCGAACCACCAUUCCUGCUGGCAAAGCGGUUCUCGACAUUGGAUCAUUUGACGGGUGGUCGUGUUGGAUGGAACAUUGUUACGUCGUGGAAGAAGGCUGCGUUUAAGGCGAUUGGCCUUGACAGCCCAAUCGAGCACGAUGAGAGAUAUGCUCAAGCAGAUGAGUAUCUGCGGGUUGUAUACAAACUGUGGGAAGGCUCCUGGGCUCCCGACGCCCUCUCCCCCAACCCCGAAGCAGAUUCCUACGUCGACCCCGACAAAGUCCGCACAAUCGAGCACAAGGGCAAAUACUUCAACCUCAAUACCCGCCACAUCGUCGACCCCUCACCCCAACGCACGCCCUUCCUCUUCCAAGCAGGCACCUCACCAGCAGGAUCAAACUUCGCCGCCACCCACGCUGAAGCAGUCUUCGUCUCAAGCCACUCGCCAACGCUCCUCCGCAAGAAAAUUGCCAACAUCCGCAACCUAGCCGCGGAGAAGAACCGCGAUCCGCAAUCGGUCAAGUUCUUUGCGACAUUUACACCUAUCAUCGCGGAAACGGAUGAAGCGGCGUGGGCAAAGUACGAGGAACUCAAGAAAUACGCUUCCAUCGAAGGUGGCCUGGUGCUCUUCAGCGGCUGGACGGGCAUCGACAUCUCUCGCAUCCCGCUGGACCAGGACAUCACCGCCGCAGACUCCCUCGAAGCACACAAAGUAACAUCCAUCCUCGACGCCUUCACAACUACCUCCAAGGAGAUCCCCAAAUGGACACCUCGCGUUGUCGCGGAGCGCGCUUCGUUCGGCGGUCUGGGCCCACUGACCAUCGGCAGUGCUGCGACCGUCGCAGACGAAUUAGAACGCUGGUUCGAAGAGGGUGAUCUUGAUGGGUUUAAUUUGGGAUAUGUGACUACGCCGGGGACGUUCGAGGAGGUUGUUGAUCUGUUGGUGCCGGAGUUGAGGAGACGAGGUGUGUAUCCGGGGCCGUUGCCGGAGGGGGAGCGGUUGACGGCUAGGGAGAAGGUGUAUGGGAAGGGGCAGAGUGGGUUGAGGGAGGAUCAUGUGGGGAGUGGAUAUAAGUACGAUAGUUAUGAGGAGACUGUUGCGAAGGAGGGUGAGGUUAAGGAGGGGGCGUGA